AUGUCGUCGAACCAAGUCCAGCACUCCGAUUUCGAAGACUUUGACGCUCACAAUGCUGGACAUCAAAGAAGGGCACCGGUCUCUGGACCGGCCGAAUCUGUCCGCCUGGGCCUGACAACAUUAGCUCUACUGUCUGCCAUUGUUAUCGUGGGUACUGCGGGCGACACAUUGGCCACCUUCAACUCAACACAUCUUGGAGACGAGUAUAUGCUUCCCUUGUGGCCCAAGGACUUCGAUCUUCGACCGACCACGGCGCUGGUCGUCUGCGGGGCAAUCAUCACCAUUACCAGCGCGGUAUCCUUGGCUGUGAGCGUCUCACUAGCCCGCAAUAAGCCCCUGAUCCAGAGCUCCGUUGCAUUUCUCGCCCCGGGUGUUUGCUUGAUCGCAGGCCUUAUCGGCACCUCUUUCUUCUACGGCGUCAACUCUUCCAACACCGUCUCUUCGAUCCAGAGCUGGAGCUGCCAGUGGUCAUCAAUCCCUAUGGAUGCGAAGCCACACUGGGGAACCUUGUGCAAGGAGAGCAAAGCUGCACUAUACCUUAUGGUGAUGAUGAUUCCGCUCCAAGUGUUGGUGCUGGGAGCUGCUGCAUUGGGCGCCGUGUCACAGACGAAGCAGCCAGUUGUUGUUGAGCGAAAGGGAAGCCCAGCUAUGUCCUGA